GACAUACAGAGUCCUCUCCCGGUAUUUGGGAGACAUGGGGCGUUUUUCGUCUUUUAGGAGAUUUCUCUUUUUCUGGGAUCGAAGGAAUAGUUUCCAUAAUGGAGAAAAAAGGCCUCUCAUAUCAAAGGGAGAUGUGAAAGCAGGGGGUAACUCAUCCGUCUUGUAUCUGGGAACUGACGACAGUUCGGGAAGUCAAACCAGCUCCAGUUCCUCCAACCAUGUAGGUCCAACCAAAGGAACAUCAUGGAACAUCUUCAACUCACAUGGACCCAGUUCGUCCAGUUGGAGCGACUAUCUGUUGAAGUAUCUCCUCAUCACAAGCAACCUGCUCUUUACUGUUCUUGGUCUGGUUACACUAGUAGUCGGACUCUGGGGUCUGAUCAAUAAAGAAUCUUUUGCUCAGGAGAAGAUCAGCGGUAUUGGGACAGACCCCAUGCUCCUCUUCACGUUCCUUGGUUUUACUGUUGCUCUACUGAGUCUGACAGGAUGCGUAGGGGCGUUGCGGGAGAAUCUGUGUCUUCUCCGGACCUUCUCAACUGCUGUGCUGCUCCUAGUGGUGGCUCAGAUACUGGCAGCGAUCAUUGUGUACAGCUUGCAAGGCCAGAUCAUGGAGUAUUUGCGCUCAGGCAUGCUGGCUGCUAUGGUGCGGUACCAGGACGAUCUGGACCUGAGGUUCAUCACUGAUGAGAUCCAGACGGGUCUACAGUGCUGUGGUGCAGAUACAUACAGAGAUUGGGAAAUCAAUGUAUAUUUCAACUGUUCAGCUCCAGGGGUCCAGGCCUGUGGUGUGCCACCCUCCUGUUGUGUAGAUCCUCUGGAGAACGGGACCGUAUGGAACUCCCAGUGUGGAGUAGGUGCCCUACAGCUGGACGAGUUCUCUGCCCAGAGUGUCAUCUUCCUGGGCGGCUGUUUGGGCAGCAUCUCGCGCUGGAUAGAGCACCAUGGUGGAGUCAUUGGCACAGUAUCUAUAGUUCUGCUGGGAGUCCAGAUCCUCACUCUGGUCAUAACGGCACGUCUGCUGCAGAAGAUAAACUGGAACAGAGCGCAACAUGAUGUAUAUUCAUAAUGACUGCAUUAUGAACAACUGAAUGUUUUCAAUAACACAAUAUUGUGCCAUAGUGUUUCUCAAACAUCCUGGACUUCAUUUGCAUUGGACAUCUUGAGAUCUUAAACUAUUGUUUAUACUUUAGAAAAAGAUGGAAGUCUAUUUUUAUUAUGGCAUGUACAGUACAAAUCUUGAAAGCAAUACAAGGUUUCUGCCUGUUAUUGUAAACAAUAGAUCAAUGUAAUUCACCAUAGCUUAUGUGAUGUCCUACACCUGUGGGAACUGAUUUCAUACAUCCACUAAAAAUAAAUCAAUGC